UCUGGAUUUGAAUUUCUAUGUGGUGGGUGUGACUUUAAAGAGCACUUAAUAAACUCUUGUUGUACCAAAUUUGGCUUUGUUUGGACUUUUUUUGACCAUAGGAACACAUUAAUUGAAUUUCAAUGCAUUCCUAUGGGAUUUCGUGCUUCGCAAGACGAAAAAUUCGCUAGACAAAAAAACUCGCGGAACGAAUUAAUUUCAUCUUGCGAGGCACCACUGUAUAGGAAGGGCUCUGGUGCAUCAGGCCAAAGGCCAGGCCAGUCCAGCAUCCUAUUUUCACAGUGGAUUCACAUUCUAUUUCUCCACAAACUUGUCCAACCCGCUUUUAAAGAUAUACGAGUUUGUGACAAUGGCUAUGUCUUGUGGGAACUUGUUUUAACAGGCGAUUUCUUCCCCAAACAAUUCCCUGUGUCAUGAAUUCUGAUGUGAAACCUACACUAAAAUGCACAGUUUUCUCACACUAACAGUGUUUGCAAGUGACACAUUCCCAAUGGAAACAGAUGCUGAAGAUAUGUCUAUGGUCCCUUGUAUCCAAUGCAGGGCUACGUAACCACCCUAUCAGCCCAAGGAUUUUUAUUUGUACAGUGGAACUUCCUCCCACUGCACCCUCCCCAAAUCUGCUCUGUGGGGUGUGUGGUUUGGGGAUGACGACCCCAGAACAGAUUCAGGGGGCAAGUGAAAGGGAUGAGAGGGAAGUCCCAUUGCACAAGUGGAAAUCCUUUCGCUGAUGGGAUGGUUACUUAGUGAUGUGUUGGAGAAAUGCCAGUAAUGCGAACACUUUGCUUACACAUUGGCCCUCACUCAAGGAUUUGUCAUGGGCCACUCAAAGGUCUUCCCAGCACACCCUUUAGGAAUCUAAAAGCACCUUAACUCUAAAUGUGAGUUUUGAUUUCGGUUCAUUCUCUUCUGUCCAAUAUUUGAAAAAGAAAGCACGCCUGUCCUUCUUAAGAGUGGAAGUGGACAGGGGUAUACAAAUGGACAUGUGUGGGGAACUGUGCCAAAGUGCCUUAUCCCCAUUUGUAACUGAGCUUAAAUGUAGCAGCAAAACUCUGCCGCAAUCAGAGCAAUCCUGGUUUGCUCAAUCCAAACAUACAAAGCUUGGAUGCCGAAGGAACUCUCUUUGAUGGCAAAGUUUGUACACAGCACCUCCUCUAACUGGGAUCUUUCAAUGAUUCACACGGCAACGGGACCUGAAUGCCUUUUUAUGGCCCUCAGAGGCAUCAGGCUUGAUUGAUGUUAGACAAAUAUCUAUAAAGAGAAUAGCACAGACAUUUGAAAUGGAACUUUCUUACCUCCCUGUUUGAGGAACUACUUCUUCAGGAAAGAUAAAACAUUUCAUGAUUAGGCACGCAAUCCUGGCCAUCAAACAUUUUGAGCCAAGGGCAUCAUCGCCAUAGCCCUGACCUUGCCUUGCUUCUGAUUUUCUUCUUGGAGAUCAGACAAACAAAUGAAGAGUUCUGCCUGCCACCCCCUUCUUUCUCUUAUCUAUCUUUCACACAAACACAAACAUACGACAGAUGCUUUUGAAAAUUCUCCUCCAUCUUUCUCCUUGGAUUUUGGUGUUUCAGGUGACUGAGUUGUGUUUCUGGUGCUUUAAGAAUCCUACACUGGAAGCUGCUUUCUACAGAGUCCAUCCAUCUAGGUCAGUAUUGUCUGCACUGACUGACAGCAGCUCAUUGGGGUUUCAACCAGGGGUCUCACCCAGUGCCACCUAGAGAUGCCCAGGAUUGAAUCCAGACUUUCUGCAUGCAAGGCAGCUACUGCACCACUAGGCUAUGGGUCACACUCCCUUUACAAAUCAUAUACUGUUUGUUUCAGUUUCUGAGAAAUAGAUCUCUUCUUGUGCAAUUUGGCAUCUCUCUCCCCUGUUCUACACCACUGAUGGGCAGCUGUGUGGGCACUGGCGAAAAAGCAAACCGAGCAGCCACUUACUCUGCUUGCAUCACGAUUCUUUUUCUGGCUUGUGGGCUGUCCUACUGAUGUUCACCCAGAAGGUUGCACAAUGGCAAAGCACAAAAUAAUCGGAACGAAAUCAUACAUAAUGUGUUUGAGUAGAUUACUAACACAGAGAGGGGGUGUUUGGGGAGGAGAUGGAAGUGCACGCAUUGCAUGCUCCUGUUCUGGAACAAAUUUGGAAAUCAGGAAGAGUGAAACAGAGGGCAGAGUGAACCCACGAAAUAAAGGAACAGAACAGAAAAUCCGCUUGUCCUUAACACAUGCACAAAUGCCUGUCAAAAGCCAUAUUUUGCCACAGCAAAUAUGACACAUUUUCCACCUAUCUUCCUAAGUUGCAUGGGUGAGGCUGGGCAUUUCUUCCAAUAAAGUUCUGGUUUUGUGAAUAACACACAAAAACGGAAACUCUCUCUCUUUGUGAUCCUGGUCCAGACAGGCUCCUGCGCAACAGUGGGCUGCACAUCCUUCAGUGCCCAAGAACUCCCCUGCCCAUCUGAAUCCAGACCCUUCUGUAAAUCCUGACCACAGUGAUAAGCAGUUCAGAAAAGGUAAGGAGAAGCGCCUAAGCAAGUGACAAAUGGUAUGAGAGCUGAUCCUGCCUGACAAAAUGCACAAAGCACAAUACUUGCAUAUUGAGGUGUUAAACUAGAGUGGGGGUGGGGGGCUGGCACAGUCCAGCGAAGAGGAUCCGCAUACUCAUACAAGUGCUGAAUCUUCUCUCUGGGAGAUAAAAACAGCAUUUGGCACCACUGAGCUGUGGCCCUUCUCCAAGUAACACCACCGUGUAUGUUUAAACAACACACUUAAAGAUAGUUAUGAGUACCCACUAAAUGUUUAGCAUCGCACCAUUGGUUUUAUACAGUACUUGCAAACCACUUAGAAGUCAGUUUUGGCAUUAAAUGGUGUAUUAAUGAAUUACUACUCCUUCUACUAGCAUGGCUAAUGAUAGGAAUUGUAGUCCAACACAUUGGGAGGGCUGCAGGCCCCCCAUCUCUGCUCUAAUACCUUCCUGGGUGUUGUCUGAAGGGCAUCUCCUGCAUCUUUAUGCAGUGUGGUGUAGUGGUUAAGAGCAGUGAACUCGUAAUCUGGUGAACCGGGUUCAAUUCCCUGCUCCUCCACAUGCAGCUGCUGGGUGACCUUGGGCUAGUCACACUUCUCUGAAGUCUCUCAGCCUCACUCACAAGUGUUUUGUUAUGGGGAAGGAAGGGAAAGGAGAUUGUUAGCCGCUUUGAGACUCUUUAGGGUAGUGAUAAAGCGGGAUAUCAACUCCAAACUCUAUCUUUAAUCACUGUCUGAGAGGGAAGAUCAUGAUCACCACAAGUACUACAAUGAGAAAAGCCUGCUCACGGCUCUUAAAGGCAGUGGAAUCCUCAGGUGUACAAAGGAUACAAUCCAGAGUCAGAUUAAUCAUGUUAAUAUCUCACUGAAAUUAAUAUGAUUUGGAACUGUGGGCUGAUAAAUCCCAAAUGCUGGUUUAAUAAAAUAUGGAAUACAGUUUACGAACAUACGACGAAAGAAGGUAUAAAGUUCAAGCAAAUUUAUAGAAUGAGUUCAUUUUGAUAUUUCAGAAUGGUAACUUUCUGGCCAAUAUCCAGUUGUAUUCUUCUUUUACUUUACUAUAUUUAUCUAAUCUUUGUAUCACCUUUUUAUGUUAAUUUGCACUUUAAAAAAAAUAAUAAGUGGGUGAUUCAUGUAAUAUGAGUACAGAAUGCCUGACACCCAGGUAACCUGUAGUUUUGUGAGUGGAUGGGAUAUAGGUGAUGUGUCUGUGUGAGGAUGAGAGAGGUGCAAUGAAGAUGUAAAGCAGAAUCCUAUGCAUGUCUACUCUGAAGUAAGUCACACAUAAGGUAGGAAUGAUUGUACAAGCCCACUUACCUGGGAGGAAGCCCUGCCGAUACAUUCCUUGAAAGAAACCAGGACUUUCUGCACAUACUUAUUUCAAAGCAUCAAGCUACGCAGCAGGUGGGUGUGUUUGUGUUCUGGGGAGUCUUGUAAUGCAACAGGCUUUCUUGUAGGGACCGUCUGUGAACAGGGAAACACUGGUUUGUGUAGAGUUUUGAUGCAGUUUACUGAACCUCAAGAUUGGAAAGGGACUAUGGACCUAAACAGCAUCUCACCCAGCCUCCCUGCACAUGCCAGAGUAACUGAAAGCAGACUAUUCACUAACCCAUGCGUACAAUUUGCUGUGCCUACAAACUGACUUGCGUAUAUACUAGAGACUUAAAUGGGGUGCCCCAAGCUCAGUCUGCUGUGAAAGGUGAGAUGGGAUGUUGGGGUGGAGGCAACAGGAAGUGUGGGAGUGCAGUCCUAUACAUGUCUACAAAGAGGAAAGUGGUGUAGAAUUCAACAGGACACACUAAGGCUGCGAUGGCUGCUUACUUGCGAAUAGUCUCAUCUCUUCAGGUCAUACUUGAGAAUAAGUGGGCACUGAAGCUUUGGAUCUGCACCACGCAUUUAAAGCACAUCCAAUGAACAUUUAUAGCACAAGACUUUCCUCCAAGAAUCCUUGGGAGCAGCAGUUUCCAUCUCACACAAUUACUGUUCCCAGCAUCCGUAACUAUCGUUCCCAGGAACCUCUGGAGACAGUAAUGCACUGUAAGUGUGCAUUGGAUAUGCUUGAAAUAUAUGGUGUGGAUGGGCCUUGAUUAUGAAGGGAUUACUUGGUUUUUCUAGAGAAACAGGGAUGUUCAGUGAUGAACCAGGAAAGUAGGCUAGUUUUGAGAACACAAGACCUGAUGCAACCCAAGCGAAGCAUGCUUUUAAAGGCUCAUGCAUUUCAGUGGGAGAAUUAAGAACUUACAUGGCUUUUCCUAGUGAAAAACCACGAGUCAGUGCUAAAUUUUCCCAUUGAAAUCAAUGGGACUUUACAAAAAUGAUUACGUUUUCCUGGAUUGGGCCUUGAGUUGUCUUUUGCGAAUCCCCAUGCAUAAUCUGGAGAUGUGUGUGCGUGUGUGCGCAUGUAUGUGCAUAGAUUUAUUUUAGCACUGUCCUUUGUGUGUAUGUCUGAGUGGAGAAUGUGGACACUGUAAGGCAAGGAAUAGCUAUCAUGGUGACCUCUAAAUGUUGUUUACCCACAACUCCAAUUGCCAUCAGUCUCGGGCAACAUGGCCAAUGUUUGGAAUGGACCCUGACAACAUCUGUUAGGUGUCAUGUUGGCUAGCUAGCCCUGAUGUAAGCAGUGGGUGUAGGAUCCAUGGGCAUAGCCGGGGGGGGCAGGGGGCAGCUGCCCCCCUAAAUCAAGUAAAAAAAUAAAAAUACUUAAUUGACCAGCUGCAUCGCAGAUAACACGGUUAUGCCCCCCCCCCCAACGUAAAGGCUGCCCCCUCCAAAAUAAAUCCCGGCUGAGCCCAUGGUAGGAUCUUUGUGUACAGAAUAAAGAGGUGCCUAUUUGUAUGGGGAGAUAUGUAGACAUUCCUUAGCCAAGGGAUCUGGGCAGGUGCUGUGUGCAUUUGCAAGGGGUGCAAGUGGCCUGUGCUGGUCUCUGCAGCUCUUAUCUGUCUUUGUGCACAGAGGUGGUAGAAGUGACCCAAGGAGGGACUUGUGACUGUGCAAUGGCUGUGCAAGGUGCAUACUGCUCUUGUGUAGGUGAGCAGUUGUGUGUUGGCCCCACGCCAGUUCCUCAAGAGCCAGUGCAAGCAACAUACCACUUGUUGGUUUUGCCUAACUUUCCCUGGAUGAGGGAGAUGAACAUAUGAGAGAGAGAGACGGCGGCAUUGUACCCCGGUGAAUGCUAUGCACAGUGGAGAGAGGAUAUCCAUAGCUGUCAGGUGCAUGUGUGUGAGAGAGACAGAGAGAAAGAAAGAUAGAUGACAGAUAGCUCUGUUUUGGAUGUGUGCGUGGCUCGAAAGUGUGCGAGAGAGCAAGAAAUCUCUGUAGCCGUGCGGGUGGGGCGCUAACUCGCUCGCGUCCAGCCAGCACCGUGGGAAGUUGCUGGGCUCCGCGGGAGCGCCCUCAGAAGGGCGCAGGUGGGCGAGGGCGCGCGUCUUGCCAGUGGCCCGUCGGAGUUUCCUGCUCUCCCUUCUCCGCCUGGGGAGCGAGCGGGGAGCGCGGCGCUCUUGCGAGGCAGAGGCGGAGAAGCGCGCAGGGGGCAGUCCCCACGUGGCGCUGACGCUGCUGCUCGGUACCACCGGACCGAGCCCGGGCUAUAAAGCGAGCCGGGAGCGGGGAAGGCAGUGCUCGAGCGGGCGCCACUGGCUGCGGACGGCGCUGGCUCCGCCACCGACGAGAGUCUGCUGGGCGCGCCCCCUGCGCCGCCGCCGCCUCCUCCUCCUCCUCCGCCUCCCUCGCGCCCCGCGACUGGCUUCAGCGAUCCGCGCGGCGUUUCUCGCUGCCGUCUGGGAUCUGCUCCGUCGGCGACUGGGAGCAGAAGCUGCCCCUCGCGGGUGGGGAGGUCCUACCUGCCUCGCCGCCCUUUCAACUCUCUUGGACCUCCCGGCGAAGGUAAGCGGGACUUUCGUCGUCUCCCAGCCCGGCGGCUUCUGAAUGGCUUCCUGAGGAGCCCCUCCCUUCCAGGCUGGACUUAUUGGCGACUUUGCGGGAGAGGCGGAAGACGGGGUCGACUUCGUCCCGUCGAUCCGCCCGGAGAUGAGCUAGCGAGGGCUGGCAGAGGCGAGCCGCGCGCUUCCCUGGCCGAAGGGAGACCCGGAGACGGCAGAAUCGGAGCCGGCUCCCUCCCCAGUGGAGAUCGCUGUUGCUGCUGCUCCUCCUCUCGUCGGUUAUCGUCAGCGGGGACUGAUAGCUGAAGGCAGCGGUUGUUCCUGCUGACUGGAUUAAGGCUGCUCUUUCUGACUUCCCCAGACCGGACUUGCUUGAUCCACCGGGCACCCAGAGCUCCCCUUCCUCGCAGGGUGUGUGUUAGGGUCACAUCCUCCAACAGCCUACCGAGCUCGGGUUGAUGUUUAACCUGGGGAGGCCGUUCACCGAGAGGGGGGGAAUCUCUUCCCUGGCACACCUGCACCACCCGCUGCUGGAGGAAAGCAGCUACUCCCAGCACAUGGAUGGCAACGGGAGCCUGAAUGGGAGCGACGGUGGGCAGAAAGGGGGCCUCCCUUAUCCCAUGUACACCACCUUGGCCCUCAUCACCCUCGCCACGCUGCUCAUGCUCGUCACCAUCUUUGGCAAUGUCUUGGUCAUCAUUGCCAUCUUCACCAGCCGAGCGCUCAAGGCCCCUCAGAACCUCUUCCUGGUCUCCUUAGCCUCGGCCGAUAUCCUGGUGGCCACCCUGGUCAUCCCCUUCUCUCUGGCCAACGAGGUGAUGGGCCACUGGUAUUUUGGCAAAGUGUGGUGCGAGAUCUACCUGGCCUUGGACGUGCUCUUCUGCACCUCUUCCAUCGUGCAUCUCUGUGCCAUCAGCCUCGACCGCUACUGGUCCAUCACCCAAGCUAUUGAGUACAACCUCAAGCGCACGCCGCGCCGCAUCAAGAGCAUCAUUUUCCUUGUCUGGAUCAUCUCUGCGGUCAUCUCCUUCCCACCCCUCAUCUCCAUCAUGAAACAGGGAGACCCUGACAGUCAGCAAGCGAAGCUGAAUUCGGAGAGCAAGGAACCCAGUUGCAGCAUCAACAAAGAGACGUGGUACAUCAUCUCUUCCUGCAUCGGCUCCUUCUUUGCUCCCUGCCUUAUCAUGAUCCUGGUCUACAUGCGCAUCUACCAGAUUGCCAAGAGGAGGACUCGGGUGCCUCCUGGCAAGAGAGCGGAGGCCGCAGAGAGGAGGCAGAAUGGUCUGGCAGAUAAGGAUGACAUGCCUGCAAUGACCAAGCUCAAUGGGGAGAAGGCAGCCGUGGCAGGAGGAAGCCAGGAGAGGGAAGAAGUCAAUGGUAUAGACCUGGAGGACACCUCUUCAUCGGAACACAAUGAGAGCCAUCAGACCAGGAAGCAAGAGAGGCUGCAAAGGGGCAAGGGAAAGACCAAGCUAAGCCAGAUUAAGCCUGGGGACACUUUGCCAAACAGAGUUGAUGAGGAAAGAGAUGCGAAAGCUUCCCGGUGGAGAGGCAGGCAGAACCGAGAGAAACGCUUCACUUUUGUGCUGGCGGUUGUGAUUGGGGUUUUUGUGGUCUGCUGGUUCCCUUUCUUCUUCACCUACACAUUGACUGCCGUUUGUAAGAGCUGCCCCGUGCCCGAUACACUCUUCAAGUUCUUCUUCUGGUUUGGUUAUUGUAACAGUUCCCUCAACCCUGUCAUCUACACCAUCUUCAACCAUGACUUCAGGAGAUCCUUUAAAAAGAUUCUCUGCAGGAUAGACCGGAAAAGGAUUGUGUGAGGGAUGGACUCAAGUUUGUUUACAAGAGUUGUUUACGGAAGAGAGGCUCAGCUCUGGCUGGGCUUUGGAAGUGGGUGGCGUCUUAUCCAGUGACUGGCCUUUGACUUCUCAAAGACUUCAGGUGACUUUGGCCUUGGCCCAGGUGGAGAUGUUUCUGCCCAGUGAUGGCUCUAGAGACCUGUUUGUAGGUAUUGUUUCUAUACACUUACAAGCUGGGCUUAUGGCAAACUGAAAUUAACUGAUUGGAGUGUGUAAGCCAGGGAAACAACAAAGAUGAAAAUAUAAGUCAUAUAUUUCAGAAGCCCUUUCUUUCUAUUCUUGCCCUUUGGACGAUAUGUCCCUGACGUCCUUGCAAAACUACAGUAUUGCAUCUUUGAGAUCUGUACAUCUUUAACUUUUGUAGGAGAAAGCAGCUUUGAAACCACUUUAAAUAUUUCUUGAGAACUUGAAAUAUAUGUGGGGUGGGGGAAAAAUAAACAAAGACACAUCAGAAUGAACCUUCAGAGCCAUCUCAUCCAUCUUAAAAAUGACAGUAUUAAAUGCUAAGAUUUCCAAUGUGGUUUUGGCUUUGUAAACUGAUAGCAUAAGCUUGACCAUGGCCAGUGUUUUAUUAUACACCCUAUAUGUAUUUUCUUUUUUAAAAAAAACCAAUGUUUAUGUUUUUUGUUUAUGCAGUAUUGUUAAAAAACUUUAUUUCCUCUUUUCCCAUCAGCUGAAAGAAACAAGCAUUAAAAGUUUCACAACUGAGAAGCAUAGUACCUCUCAAAAGGAUGAGCUCCUUUUAGAUUUGUGAUGCUGAAGAGCAAUUGGGUUCUUAAAGGGUUAAGAUAAGGUGCUCUUCCCUUGAAGUUACUCCACUGUGUUCAAUGCUAACUUAUUUCCCCUACCUGUGACUGUAAAUAGAUAAAAUGAUAGAUGCAGCCUUUUUGUUUUACUUUACAGUGUUACCUGAUUUGCAUUGAUUACAUUUUCAUUUGUGCAAGGUGUCUGCACAAGAAAACCAUAUUUCAUGCACAAGGACACUUCAGUGUGGGUAUGGAAUUUUUUAAAUUAUUAUUAUUUUGGAGUAACUGUAAGCAUGUCAGCUUUCAUUUUUUUUCUCUAAUUUCAGGUUUGGUUUAUAAACAUUUUCUUUGAUUUGUCCUAAGAAAAAGCAAAUUAUUGGUGUUAUUCUACACCAUAUGUAAAAAACAUUCAUAGCAGCACAGGGAGGAAAAGAGUCAAUAAUUGUGUUCCACACCCCCCACUGUCCCAGCUGAUGGCAAAUAAAUUCCUUGUCCAAUAAGACAAACAUCCUGAAUAUGAUUAAAAGGGUGUAGGAUGGGAAAGCAAUUGGGGACACCAUUUAAACAUUAUAAAAAGAGUAUUCGUUUAAAUAAAAACUGGUCAGGAUAGUUUCUGGCUGGUGAUGGUGGUUAAAAACAGACAUAUAUUCACAAUGCUAAGGUUACCCGAGUUCUUCCUUGAAGGCAAAUUUCUUAGUUGAAUUGGCCCUUUUUAAUUAAAAAUGUCUCCAUUCUACAGGACACAACUGAUGCCCCUCCUUUCAGACCAGUCCUCUUCUGACUGUAGUAACAGGCAGCAAGUCUCAGCGCUGCCUCUUAGCUUUGAAUGUGACAGCUCUAUUCAGUGAAACAAAACAGCUGUUAGAUGUGAUGCUACAACCAGAGGAAGGGAAGCAGAGGUAGCCACUGAACACUGAAAGUGUUACUCGUGCCCAGCUUUGAAAUGGUUUUCUCGCUGGAGAGCCUGCUACAGCUGACAUUUCAAAUGCAGAACUUCCUUUUAAAACAAACCAAUUUUCUAGGGAGAGGAGAUGAUGACCCUUCUGUAGAACUGCAUACUGGUAUAUACAAAGUUGUGGUGUAUUUCUAAAGUACGCAGGUGCACACAUGUGUUUACACAGCGGGACAUGCCAUUGGCUAUGCCAGCACAGUGCCACAAAACGGCAGUCUUAACAAUGGCGUUGCAAACCUGUUGCAAAGAUGACUCAUUCUGGCAACGCAGGGAGAAAAUGCUUAGAAAUGAACCAGGGGUUUUGGACUGGUAUAUGUAUUUCCCUUCCUUUUUUUCUUUUAACGGUGUGAUAAUAUUCCUUGCAGAAAGAAACCUUUGUGAUUUCCCCCGCUCAUUGCAGCUACUAAAAUAUGAAACGCCUGAAUCUUAAUUAUUCCCUAUUUGCUAGAGAAAGAAGAGGAUUUGAUACGGAGGAGUUUUAUUUCCGUUUUAGGCAAACUGCCUGCAUUGUGGCUCUGUCCAAUGAUGUCCUGUGCUAGUUGAAUAAGGUACCUCAUUUGGGACACAUUAUGGGGCCUCUUCUCUCAAGGUUUCAUAGGAGUGCUCAGGGCAGACUGGCCACUUCUGAGCUGGGGUAUUAGUCUUUGGCAGAUUCUGGCUGGCAAGGAGUUCACUGGUCCUUCGAAUGGAAAGCACAGUCUGGUGACUGGUGUCCAUCACUCGGAAGGUGGUGGACUCUCCUUCAUUGAAAGCUUUUAAACAGAGUUUGGAUGGCGUCAGGGAUUCUUGAGUUUGGAUGGCAUCUGUCAGGGAUUCUUUAGCUGUGAUUCCUGCAAUUGCAGGGGGCUGACCCUCAGGGAAUCCUUCCCAACUCUUCUGUGCUUCUUUAGGAUAUCAGAGCAGGCACAACACCACAAGGCACAAAUCCAGAAGAAGUUAGAAGUGGUUAAGGCUUAUUUAGCUGGAACACCAAAGUUGUCUCCAGCCUGUGCACACAUGCCUGGAAACUGAUUUCUUAUGAGUGCGGUAUAGCUUUAGUUUAUGUAUGGAGCUCUCGUUCAAAUGUGGAGCUUCCCUGCCCAUCAAAGCUGCUCUGCUGUUAUUCAGUGGGCGAACGAAUCAUGCAUACCCAUUGGUUUGCACAUACAGAUGUUCUCCUACCAUUGGCAUUUACAGGGCCAGAGCCAUGUCCAGAUGUGUGAUAAACCACUCAUGGGACUCUUCUUUCGGGCUGAUAGUUUUUAAGGCAGAAUAAAUCACAGUUUUUCAGACAGCCAGUCUGAAGUAGCAUAAGUAAGAAGUUAACUGACCGUUGCCAGAGGAUUCCUUUUUAAAGAAUUGCCUAUUUUUUAGGAUUUCAAUAUUAAGUUAACGUAUGCAUUCAUGAAACAAAUGGAUAAUAUUUUACAUUGAGGAUAAUAUUGAUUUUUCUGGAAUGUGUUUUUGAAACUUUAAUUGCACCUGGUACAACCACCUCAUCAAUGCCAUUUUUUUUUGCUUUUUAAGAGAAUGAUACCUGUAAACAGAUAUGGCCAUAAUGUUUUUUUUUUAUUUACAAAAAAUAAGAAUAAAAAGUUUACACAUUAAAAAGCAUGUUACAUCUCAACUUGUCUGUAUUUUCAGCCAUUUCCAGGUUUUAUGGACUUACAUGGAAAUGGGAAACUGACCUUUUAAAGCACCUGCUGAAGUCGCCUCUUGUAGUUUGCAUAAGUCAUUGUUAUGCCUCAUGUUAAUGUGAACAAUGGUCUGCUUCAUUGUCCACCGACAGACUGACAAACAAGCCUUUGAUAUUAUUUUGCUUUCUUCUUUGCUGGCACAGCAAACCCAUUCAUGUACCUCUUAAAGAACAAGGAUUAGGGCUUACUGUGUGGGCAAUUUAUCCUUUGCCUGUUUAAGCUGGCCGUGUUUUCCACCUCCCUUCUCUCUGUCUCUCAAGUGAAAUAUUGUGUCCAUGUAGUAUUUACAAGCCGCUGACAGACUGUUGACUAACUAGGUUACAAGUGCAAGAAGAAGCUAUUAAGAGUAGGAAGAAAAGUAGAAACUGAAUUCUACCAGGCACCUGCUGGGGAAAGGCACAUUCUCACAAUGCUGGGAGACGGGGGCUCAUGCUAGAGCAAGCCAGAAAAGAUUGCACCUGCUCAGAAAUAGAUAACAAAGCCAUGAAUGGGGCAAAGGCAGCAAUUUGGUUUUUAUAGUUGAUUCCUGGGGAUUUCCCCUGCAAUAGAUAUUACUGUGAUUAAUGGAACAGGAAUUUUAUUAAUGUGGCAAAAGAUUUGGGCUUCUGCCUUUGUCAGCUUCUCUGAUUAAAAAAAAGAUCAGAAGCUGAAACAUUUUGUUACAUAAAUAAAAUCUCUGUAUUGAUUAUCACAGUAACACACACACACACACAGAGUAUUUUAGUGAUUAACCAAAUUUCAAAAGGGACCCAGAGGAAGCAUGUGUGAAGUGCUGUUUGAUUAUUCUAUAGCUAUAAUGAAUAUAUAGUUCAUUAUUGUGUUUCUGUGUGUAAUAUCUAUUUCUAUAUCUAUCUAUAGCUCUCUCUCUCUCUGUCUCUCCCAUGCCCAAAUUGCAUUGCACAUUAUUUAUAGUACACAACUUCCUAAUCCAAGAAGCUGGUUGACUCUGAACAGAUAACCACAACCGGUGGUGAUGAAGGGCCAAUUCACUCAUUAUCCAAUGCUAGUUCAACUCAGAGACCCAUUGAAGUUAUUGAACAUGACUAACUUACGUCCAUUUGUUUCAAUGGGGUCUACUUUGAGACUGAUAAAAUCUGGAGUCUGCUUCAAGACCAUUAGGUCCAGAGUCUAUAUUAAGUGUGGUACCACAAUGUAUAGGUACAAAAUACAUAGUCUGUAUCACUGCAUAUGGGUUCAAAAGGGAAUUCUAAAUAUGUUAGAUUCUGGCUAAGAUUUCCACUAACCAGAUGAAAAAGGAUGAAGGAUGAGUUAGAAAGGUAACCUAUUGUUUUUCCUGUUCAUUCAUCUCUUCAUCUCUUGUUGAUUAUUUCUUUAUUGCAGUGUCUUGGCAGAAGUAUCCCCGUUAUUGUUCCUCUAGGAUUCCUCUCCACCCAACCGCUUGCCUCAUGCUACAUAAUUUUUGUUGCUGUUCUUCAAUAUUUUUUGAGCUGAACUUGGUUUGGCUGUUUGAGUUUCAAGAAUCAGUGAAAAUAUAGCACAUAAGUGGAUGAAGCAUAUGCAGAAAUUGUCUUUCCCUUGGUAACACAAACACAAAAAUCAAAGUGUAAGUGGAUGAUAAGGAAAUCCUGGUUGCUAUUUGACUACACCUACAAUAAACAUGAAUAGACUAUCAGAGAUAACAGAUCUCAGGGAUAUCUCAAGUGACAAGUUAAUCAAACAUUUCUCCGAGACUUCCCUGAUUUUUUUCACUCAGAAUAUGUUUGCUGUUUUCACUUCAGGCACUGUUGAGUGAGAGCUUGCACAAACAACUUGUUCCAUGUGUCUUUUAACAUGCCUCAUACUUUCAGUGCCUGAAUGAAGACUAUCUGCAGAAUGGAAGCUCUCAGAGACUUCAUGGGACACUUCCCUUAUUUGUAAUGGUAUAUUCUGGAAUCCAGCAACAUGAGGACAAACUAUAACUGCUCUUUGUAAUUGGUGUAAUGAUUUAAUCUGAAGCUUUCAAAGUGACUGCCAAAAUGUAAAAUUGUAAGCAUAUCAAUACAAAUCUACAACAUGAAAAAGAGGCUCAAGCACCAAACCUCUAUGAAACAGUGUGAAACAGCAUGAUGCAGGCACAUACAAAACACUCAACUGAAAGUCUGUAACUCAACAAUGAAGGCACCAGGAAAGCAAUUCUAGGGAGUGCAUUCCAGAAAUAGGAUGCCAUCACUGAACAGCCCUUUCCCCUCAGUCACCACUCAUCUGCUCUCUCAUGAUGGGAGGGCUGGUACAUAAUAUAGCCUUAACUGGGCUGAUUUUCUGCCUUUUGGCAGCUUAGAAUGGCUCGUCCCCCACCGAGUGUGGAAUCUGAACACUACUGCUAGACUUUGGUAGCGUCAACUGGUUACAACUGUUGGUGCUGGUGAAAGUCUUCACAUCUUGGGGCAGUGAGGGUUACGGUCCACAUUUAUUGCCACAAUAUGGUGUAGCCACACACUAAUUAUCCUUUUUCCAAAUGGAAACACUAAAUCAAAUGCUAAGGAGAAGGCAGCAUGGUGUGGUUAGGAUGGUGGAGGCAAUUUUUUGCUAAAGAAGUAGGUUUUGAGUGCUUGGAUACAUACCGAGAGACAGAAACUGGAAGGCUUGAGAAUGCAAUGAAAAAAGAGGAAGACAAGUUGAGCAUAGAUAGAUGAACUUGGAUUUAGCAGAAGUAGCAAGUGAGGGAUGGUGAGGAAACGGCAAUACUCAAAGGUCAAGAGCUGUCAAAGUAAUGAUUACCAGCCUGAAGUUGAUCUGAAGUGCAACAGGAAGCCAGUCCAGGGAGCAGGGUCACUAAGAAGAGAAUCCAAUGAACUAGACAGCAUGGACUGGAGGGCUGCAUCUGGUUCUCCAGUCCAGCUGUAGAGGGAGUUUGCAUGUCUACCACGUAAUAAUAAUAAUAAAUUUUUAUUUAUAUCCUGCCCUCCCCAGCCAAAGCCGGGCUCAGGGCGGCUAACAACAAUAAAAUAAUACAACAUUCUAAAAUCAUUUCAUUAUAAAACUAAUUCAAAUCAAAUUAAUGGCAACUAUUGGGCUAGAAUUCUGUGAAGAUUGCCAAAGUAAGAGACGAUGCUGGAUAAAUCCUCUCAUGGAUAAGACCGAAAUGUAGGAAACAAAAGCAGGAGACACCCAUGCUUCCUGAGCCUCCUGUGAACCAAUGUUCAGAUUCAACCCACCCAUGAGAUCAGGUGAGGCGACUGCCUCAGGCGGCAAGAUCCCCAGGGGCAGCAGAUCCCAAUGUUGAUUUUUCUUCCCCCGGCUUUUCCUGAUGUAGAGCUUCACUUACACCUUCUUCCAUGGCGGGGAGGGAGGCACCAUUUUGGGAUCUGCCUCAAGUGGCAAAAUGUCUUGGGCUGGCCCUGCCAAGCUCCUAUCAUUAUCCUGUAGCAGAAGAUGGCAUUGUUCAUAUCACUGCAACAUGCAAACUGUUGGCUUCAGUUCAGGGGCAAUAAACAGAUAGUCCAUCAUGCUUACAGAAGAAAAGUGGGUGUUCAGUAACCCCCAAAGUCUACUGGAGAAAUAGGGCAAUUGCCACCAAAGUUGAGGGCAGAGUUUGAACUGCCUGGCAGUGAACUUCUGUGACAGAAUACAUUUCUCAACCAAAAUGCCUUAAUAACUUUUGACAUUCUCAGCCAAAAUUGAUAUAAUUUCUGAUGGAUAUUGACAACUAACAUUAAGCAUUUUAUGCUGUGUAGCUCCAGUCAUUGUCACAGAAUUGAUUACUGGGCAUGAAACUGAUUACCAGGGGAACUGCAUGAUUAGUGGAGGUUUGGUCUACUUGGCAUCCAAUAGGAAAGCUUAAUAAAACAUUUUUGUUCUGCUUCUGGAGUACAAUUAAUAUGAAUUGAUCCAUAGAAACAUGGGGUAGGGGUCUCUGAUUUCUCUAAAUUGUUCAUUCCUUUAAAAUGUCCACUAGAAUUGAACCAUAUCAGACUUUCAUGGGCUACAGUUCACUUCAUCAGAAGCUAUAAUGAAUUUGUUAAUCUUUAAUGUACCACAAUAAUCUUCUUUGUUGUUUUUCAGCAGGAAAUUCUACCACACUUGAUUGUUCUUUGUAUGUGCUAAAAUAACCUUUUCCAGGAAUUAAGAUCAAUUACUCAACUUGAAGCACUUCUAAAAUUGCACAAGGACUCAGCAUUUUCAUUCCUACAUUUAAAUUAAUUCAUUAGGUAAAUUGGAUAGCGUCCUUUGGGUUUCUUCCCUUUUAACUCCACUUUUAUUUUGUAUUGAAGUUUUCAAUAAUACGUUGAAGUCAUGCACAUAUUUUGCAAAUAAACCUAGAACUGCCUUGGGCAGAAUUAUUUAUCGCAUAUGCUCACAAUACCAUGGGGAAUGUUUCUGUGGAGAGUGAAAACCAACAGUCAUAUAACCUCUACGUUAAUCAUUUAGAACAGUCAAACAGCAUGACUUUUAUCAGAGGAGGAAAAAACUGAUUUCAAACCUUUGUUUUAUUGUCAAGGACUGAACUGUAGCUAACACCUGGAGGUUGCCUGAAUAGAACGUGCUGGUUGCAGUGAGACCUGUAUGUAUAACUGUGCUUCCAAAACUAAGCACAGAGUGGAAUAAUUUUCUUACAGCAAUCUGGGCUACCAGAGAAACAGUUUCAUUGGGUGGUGGUACAAAUGCUGAUCUCUGUGUUUCUGAGAAAGCUUUGUAAAUGUAGGAAGCAUGGAGGAGUCAGUUGCUGAGGUGGGUCUAAGGGGAGAGUUGACAAAUUCACAGGCAGUAGGCUUGUCAGUGGCACCUCCUCUGUAUCCAAAAGCAGUGGGCUCUCAGUACCAGGUCCUGGGAAUGUACUGAUACAGAAGUUGGGCACUAACCCCACUCUGCUGAGCGGUAGUAAGAUUCCAGGGGCUCACCCAGGGUUUGCGCUCCUUUGCAGAAUUGAGGACGUGGCAGAGACUGUUGUAGCUUUAAGAAAUAGGAUUUACUCACCUAUUUACACCUUCAGUUUGCAUGGAGGGAGUCUAGAUCUUAAAGCAUGGUUGUUUCAAGAGAGGCUGGUUCCCCACAACCGUGCAGCACUGGAGCGCAAGAAAUCUCUGGCCUUCAGCCAGCCUGCCCGAGAUGACUCUCUCUUUCCUCCACUUCUUCUUCCCAGUACACCUUGCUCUAAAGACUCUCUUUUCCUGACACCUCAAGCACACACCCCAUCACCACGGCAACCUCUGUCUGCCAUAUCCAAAAAUUCCACUCAGAUGGGCCAUCAACACCUUUUGUCAUGUUAAUGCCUCUAUACCAGGUGAGGCCCUGGCCUGCAACCUGCCCUUCAAACAGGUUAAUUUCUGGGAUUUAGGGGUCCCCCCUCAAUCUAUAACAGUACGCUUAGGGUGGGCUUUUCAUGUCCUGAUUGUGGGCUCCCUGAAAGCAUCUGUCUGAACUGCUUGACUAUAGAUUCUUGAUCUGAUCCAACAACAGGGCUGCUUUUACAUUCUUGGAAAGCACACAGGGACCAUUCUGAUGUUUCUCCUCUGAAAGGUUGUACACACUGUUUUAGCUCUUCUGGUUCCUAGUUCUUCAAUCUAGGGGUGUUCACUGGAUUCAGAUGAUUCUGAAUAGAGAUGAGGUGGGGUACCUGGAAGGGUUUUUGGGCUACUGUAAGGUCAAGCAGGAUCUAUAGAAGGUGGGCACAAGCGAAAGCAGGACCCGUGUAGUACUUUGCGGCAAUCCAGACAUCAGAGCUCCACUGCAGGCAACUGUCUGUAGCAAACAAAAGUGUGUCUCUGAGCUUGAUUUCAGGGGGUGACAGGAGGGGAAAGAGGGAGAAGCUUUGUAAAAUUUAAACAUGCCUCUAGCUUAAAGAAGAUGCCAGGAUCAGGAGAGGGACCGAGGGAGGGCUUCUUUUGAGAUUGACAGGUCUAGUUUGUGAUCAGAGGGAAUGCUGUUACCAGUGCUCUCUAGGCUCAGUGCUUUAGGAGAAGGGAACAGCUUUGCAAGAGUGAAAUGAAGGUCUGAGUUUAGGGAAAGAAAGGGUGAAAAGAGAACUGUAUUUUGACUGUCAGUUCAAGCUUGUAAGUGCAGUUGGGGGACAAAUUUGAUUCAGUUCAUAUGUAAAGGUGAACCUACCUAAUAAGCCUUUCCAAAACAAAAUGCAAACUGAAACACAGACAUCAUUUGAAAUUUGCAUGUAUCUGAAGUUUGCAACGCGGUUCUCCAGCCGAGCAAUGUGUACCAAAAGUGAAGUGAACAAGCAAUGCAUACAAAAAGGUAAAGUGUGCAUAUAAAUGCUUAUAUUAGGGAAAAAUAUACUACAAAAUACUUUAUAUCAGGGUCAAUUGUUUGCAAAAUGUGUAUAAUAGUCAAAGCUACCUGCAAAAAUAUGUUUAUUAGGAGAAAUUUGAACUAAAAUAGUACUGAAUUUCUAUGACGAUUUUUUUUAAUUGCAAAUUGUUGCAGAAAUGUGAACAGAAUUUAAGAUUGGGAAAAUGAAAAACCCAGAGAACUAAAAUGGAUGAAUCUGCCCAUUUCACCUUUAGUCCCUAUUCUAUAUACUAAUAGUGAAUUCAUUGAGUGUAGCUCCUUAUGUAACCCAAACAGCACCAUCUACAUAAAAGAUGGGGAAAUCGGAAAGCUUGGGGAAACCCUGAUGUUUGCAGAAGCACCAUAAAAAAUAUCCAAGGGGGACCUAACUGGGAGAAAAAAAGGAAAACCCACCCCAAGGAGGAUUGAAAUUGCUCAAAGGGCAUGGAUUAUUAGGGGGAAAUGCUUGCCAAAAUGUGUAUAAAAAUAAAAACUAAAACUGCAUAUAAAAAUAUGUUUAUUAGGAGACAUUCAAACUAACAUGCUGAAGAAUUUUCAGAAGGAUUUUCUAUUAAAUGCAAAUUGCUGCAGAAAUAUGAAGAACAGAAUUCAAUACUGAAAAAAUGAGGAACUGAGAGAACCCAAGAGUGACAGAUUUGCCCAUCCCUACUUGUAAGUGUUGUUGUUUAGUCGUUUAGUUGUGUCCGACUCUUUGUGACCCCAUGGACCAGAGCAUGCCAGGCACUCCUGUCUUCCACUGCCUCCGGCAGUUUGGUCAGACUCAUGUUUGUAGCUUCGAAGUUGUCUUUGUCCAUGGAGUUUUUUUUUUUUUUUUUAAAUUGAUAUUUAUUAAGUUUUCAAAGAAUAACAACAAAAAUUUCCAAAAAAUUUUGAAAAUACAAAAAACAAAAAUAGUACAUAAACAAAAAAGAAAAGAAAACCCAGCCGCAAAGAAAAAAAAGAAAAACAGAAAAACAAAAAUAUAAAGUCCUUUACAAUCUCUAUUGACUUCCUUUCUAGACUUCCUCCUCCUCCCCUCUCUUGUUUCUUAAUUUUUAAUUUUUACAGCAAAUCCUUUCUGUUUUUUCAUAACAAUCUGUCAUUACGUUUCCUUAUUCUAUUUUCCCUCUUGUCAUAUAAAAACUUUAAAACUCAUAGCUUAUAUUCAAUAUUUACCAAAUUCUUACAUCAGUACCAUUUUACGAAUCAUUUACCACUCCUUACUUAAGCCAUGUAAUUUCAUUCAACAUCCUUCAAACAUUUGUAAACAUUCCAAUAUUAAAAAAUAAAAAGAAAAAGUAAUAAGUCAAAUUCAGUCCAGCCAGCUUCCAACCUCCCCUCCCCUGGACCCGGGAUUGUCAGUCCUUUUAACCUCGAUAAUCCAGCUCCUUAACCUGGUUGUCUCGUAUCCGAGGCCCUCAAGUCUCUUUCUUGCCCCUUUCGCCACUCUUGUUGAUGAUUCCCUUCCAGUCGUGGAUACUCCAGCAAGAAAAUGCUUUUGACUCUUUGCAGCAAGUCCAUCCCAAACCCAUUGCCCAAGCCAGACAGCAGAUAAUACCACUUCAAAUUUCCACAAAGCUUGGAGACUUCGGCUACUCCAAUCCUCUGAUAGCCCUUCACUAGACUCGGAAGGUCCAAAUAACCAUAUAGAGGGGGGUCGAUCCAUCCCCCCAUUUCCAAAUCUGACCACAUUUCAUCUUUCCGAAUCUGGUUUGUCCCAAGUUCAUUUGUCAAGUUCAAAGGCUGAUCUUGCCCGUCCAAAGGUCCCUCCAUCUCUGAAGCCUCCGUCACUACAGCAGGUUCAUAUGCUUGUAUAGCCUUUAACUGAAUUUCAUUUGUUUGCUGCUGUGCUCUGGUAACUUCCAUCAUCAAGGUCGUCUCCUGACGCAUCUGGUCCAGCUGGGCACUUAGUUUUGAAAAACCUUCCAGGAACAAUUGUUCAAGCCUUUGUACUAGCAUUGUCCUUCAAGGUCAAAGAAAAUUCCUUCCCACGACAAUAGUCCAAUAGUCCUUCUCUUUUAAACUCUCUGCGUUGCAAUUUCACUAAAUUCCACUAGAUGGAAAUUUUUUUUUUUAAAGGAAUAAAAGCAACAGCAACAAUCUUUCUUUUUCCAGAAACACUUUAUCCAAAAUUCCCCCUUCCAAAUUCAAGAGGCAACAGUAGAAUCAAAAUGUUACCCUUCUUUUAACUAACUGUCGAGCUGGAUAAACUUCAAAACGUCAAUUCUGACAGCCCGCUCCUGGUUCAGGGCGGUGGAAAAUUGCUUUAUUUUAAACUCACUUCCGCAGGAUUGAAAAGUCCAAAUACAACCCCCUUCUUCUCCUGCAGUCAAAGGGGGUUCAGAAAUCUUAGAUGUUGAAUUCUAGUUCUCUCAGAAUUUAAUUUUCAAGCUUUAGUAUAUUUUGUCUUUGCUUUCUUCACGUAACAAAAGAACGGAAGGCUGACUUCCUGUUUAGACCUUCGCGUUCCGAGUCCCAAUUAAGUUCAAUUUCAAGUCCAAUAUUAUUUGUUUAUUCACCAGUCUUAAAAGUAGUUCAACUCUUCCAAGAUCAGGUACUCACGGAUAGAUGUUUUAGAUGCCAAAUUGUCCAGGAAAAAGGCAGCGCUCUCCGAUAACGGCAGUGCGGCUUUGCUGCACGGAGGAAGCAGUCGACUCACAGCACCACGCACCUCCCACUCCGGAGCCCGUUACCGGGCUCCUGUACAAGGGGAGAGAGCGCUCUCGGUGCCCGCCGAGUCCCACGUCCACAGGCUUCUUCCGCCUGUGGUUUUGGAGGGUCCCCGCUGCGCCGUAGCGGCAGGACCCAAGCCUCCGUGCAGCGGGUUCCCUUCAGUCCGAAGGGAAUUCCGCCAUUUUCCGGAGGCGCCACCCCGGAAGUCU